AUGCUUGGAAUCGCCUUCACGGGAGGUGGAAAGAGGGACGACGAACUUACAGUCAACGAGAAGCAGACAGCUAUGUUUGUAAGUCACGCAGCGUUCAUCAUGCAAACCAUGUUCUGCCUUGCCGCCAUCCCCGUCAAAUGGGCCAUUUGCUUCACCUUACUUCGCAUUGCCAAUGGGAAAAAGGCAUACGAGUGGUCAAUAUAUGCGAUUAUGGCGGCGGUCGCGUGUGUCAUGGCCUCGACGACUAUAUACGAGUUCUUUCAUUGCACACCAAUUGCGAUGAACUGGAAGGCUGUAGAGGGCGGCAUCUGCAAGGCGCAAAGCAACAUCACUGGAUUCAGCUUUGCGCUCUCUGCGGUUUCAAUCUUCUCGGAUUGGUUUUGCGCAAUCAUUCCCAUUCCACUCCUUUGGAACGUCCAGAUCGAUCUCCGCGUCAAGAUAUCCAUCAUCGCCCUCCUCGGCCUCGGCAUAUUCGCAUCAACAGCAGGCAUCGUUCGCCUCACCGUAACACUCAACCUCAGCGCGACAACAGACUUCCUCUACUACGCUAUGCCCGUAGCUGCAUGGGCGCAUGCUGAGCUUGGGCUUGGCGUUGUUCUUGCAAACCUUUCGGCCUUGCGUCCCCUUCUCGAGAAGAUGCUCGACCUUGGCUCGACAUUGCGCAGCAGCAAGAAGCGUACCGGCGAUCAGGCGUCUGGUGAUGCAUACAUGGAGCUUGAGGAGGGUAUCGGCAGUAAAAAGAGGACAACUUUGUCGAAGAGACUGAGCGGGCGAACAGGAACUAAAGCAGCUGUUGGUGUUGGAGAAGAUCUGGAUGGUACCUCUUCUCUAGGUGACGAUGAUAGGUCUACGCGCAACAUUAUGAGCCGACACGGGCCGCAUAACAUACAGAUAGACCAUGAGUAUGAGGUCAGCUAUGAGAAAACGAAAGGCCAUUGA